GGGCGCAGAUAACUACCCGCGGGGCGGUAACUUUUGUUCUGAGUCCAGCCAGGUCUCGGAUUCCACGCGGUGUCUUGCAGCUCUCUAGCAGACAGAGCUCACCGUAUUCUGCAUUCCGGUCGUCAGAACAAUUCCUAGCAGAGCAGUGCGAGACCACGGAGGCGAGCUGGGCCCACCAUGGCCGCGAACUAUUCCAGUAUCAGCAGUAGGAAAGAACAUGUCAAGGUGACAUCUGACCCCCAGCCAGGCUUCCUGGAGCGGCUGAGUGAGACUUCCGGUGGGAUGUUCGUGGGGCUGGUGACCUUCUUGCUCUCCUUCUACUUAAUUUUCACCAACGAGGGUCGUGCACUGAAGACAGCCACCUUACUUGCAGAGGGCCUGUCACUUGUGGUGUCCCCAGACAGCAUCCACAGUGUAGCUCCGGAGAAUGAAGGGAGGCUGGUGCACAUCAUCGGGUCCCUGCGGACGUCCAAGCUCUUGUCUGACCCAAACUACGGGGUCCAUCUUCCAGCUGUGAAAUUGCGGCGGCAUGUGGAGAUGUACCAGUGGGUGGAGACAGAAGAGUCCAGUGAGUACACGGAGGACGGCCAGGUGAAGAAGGAGACCAAGUACUCCUACAAUACGGAGUGGAGGUCAGAAAUUGUCAACAGCAAAAACUUUGACCGAGAGAUUGGCCACAAAAACCCCAGUGCCAUGGCAGUGGAGUCUUUCACAGCAACAGCCCCCUUUGUCCAAAUUGGCAGGUUUUUUCUGUCAGCAGGCCUCAUUGACAAGAUUGACAACUUCAAGCCCCUGAGCCUGUCCAAGCUAGAGGACCCCCACGUGGACAUCAUUCGCCGAGGAGACUUCUUCUACCACAGUGAAAACCCUAAGUACCCAGAGGUUGGUGAUGUCCGCGUCUCCUUUUCUUAUGCAGGACUAAGCAGUGACGACCCUAACCUGGGCCCAGCUCACGUGGUUACUGUGAUUGCCCGGCAGCGAGGUGACCAGCUAAUCCCAUACUCCACCAAGUCUGGGGACACCCUGCUGCUCCUGCACCAUGGAGACUUCUCAGCUGAGGAGGUGUUUCGUAGAGAACAGAAGAGCAAUUCCAUGAAGACGUGGGGCCUGCGGGCGGCUGGCUGGAUGGCCAUGUUUAUGGGCCUCAACCUCAUGACUCGGAUCCUCUACACCCUGGUGGACUGGUUUCCUGUCUUCCGAGACCUGGUCAAUAUUGGUCUGAAAGCCUUUGCCUUCUGUGUAGCCACCUCACUGACCUUACUGACUGUGGCUGCUGGCUGGCUCUUCUACCGACCGCUGUGGGCUGCUCUAAUCGGCAGCCUGGCCCUGGUACCAAUAAUCAUUGCACGGACCCGGGUGCCAGCUAAAAAGCUGGAGUGAAGCCUCAGGGGCCAGGUCCUGUCACCUCUGUCCAGCUCCAGCUGAAACAGGCAUCUGCACACCCCAUUCUUCAAGGGGCCAGUGUCUAACCUGCAUGUAGGGUUUGGUGUUCACCAGCUCACAUCUUCUCCGCCCCACUUCUUGCCAAACUGCAGCUUUGGUGGGCAGAAGCACCCCGAGGAUGGUGACCCAGUGAGUACUGUCCUGCUUAAUGCCUUCCCCUCUCAGGGCUUUAUUCCACUCAACUGUCAGCUGACCUGCUGGUGAAGGACUCAGCCUUCUCACUGCCUGUCCCUCGUCACUGAAACUAAGUGCCAGGACUGCCACAACCUCCGGCUACAACUGAAACCCCAGAAUGCAGCCAUCACCCACUCCUGACCACAUCUCAUCAGUAGGACACACCAUACCCAGGCCUGGAGAAGAAAGUGUACCCCCAAACCAAGCCUCUGGGUAGCCCCUAUGUGGCCUAAAGAAACACCGAAGUUCUAUCUUGUCCCAAAGGUCACUGUCACUGUGGCUGGACAGUGUUUUGGUAUAAGCCCUGACCUCUGGUUCUGUUACUCCACGUGUUCUUUCUAUCCCAAGAAAGAGCUGAGACUUGAACACACACACACACACACACACCUAUACACACACCUAUGAAUGGCUCCCACUUGACAGUUGCUGUCACUGAGAUUAACUCAACCAGGACUGGUGUUUAAGUGAGUGUGGCUUGACUGGUUUUAGUUCCCAAGGCCACAAGUAAGCUUUAACUUUGUGAUGCUUUUGAAUCAGUGUUAGCAGAUUUGUUCAUGCUAGGUGGGGUCUGUGGAGGAAGAUAUCCUGCUCACUUGAAGGUGAUUGAGUUGUAGUCAAUGUUACAGGAAAAGGCUGAGGCUUUCCUACUAAGAGGGCUCAUUCACUGUGACCUCCAGCCAACUGAGGCCAAGAAUCAGAACCAAGGCUUGCUGAAGGAAACCCGGCCGGCCUGGCCCAGCCUUUUUCCUAGGAAUGCUUUUGACCUUGACACUCCAGCCUCAAAUAGUUGCUGCACAGUGGUUCUUUUUGCAUUUAAUGCCUAUCGUUUUCCUCAUCCUAAAUAAAGGACCCAUACCAAAGGACAUAAUUUCUAAGUCUCCUCUUUACUAUUACACCUUUGAAGGAUGCUUGAUUUAUCCUGUAUCUCAAUCCUAUUUGCAAACUGCCCUAGCAGUUGCUGUAGCCAAAAGUGUUUGGUAGCUGACUAAGGUGUCAGAACCCCUGGCCCUAGUAAUAUCUAACAGUCCCUCUCAUGUCUUGUGGUAUCUGUGCUUUCAGCUGGGGUUCUUGGUAAAAGUGUGGCCAGAGAUGCCUUGCUGGGUUUAGGAUGGAAACAAUAUUCACUACUAUUUAGUGCAUGCUGAUGCAGUCUCAUCUAAACUCCAAAAGAUGGUUUGGGAAAACAUGGCACAAUCAGUGAUUGCUAAAUAUGCAAUCCUCUGGAUUCAGUCUGUAACUUUUCUUAUAUGAGUUUUUUUCUGCUAGCUUAAAGGUGUUAAGAGCAAAUUAUGGAAGAAUAAUUUGAUGUCUUUGAAAAACUGAGGUUUGUAUUCUUUGUAUUAAAAUUUGAAAUAAAUUUCUACCUAUCUUGGUA